GCCCCAGGAGCCACCGCCCCCUCGCCGCGGUGCUGUGUGCAAGUUGGAGUCCGCUGUGGCUGGGGCGUCCCAAUGGUCCCCAGCUGGCGGAGUCAGGGGCGGAGGGAGGAUGACCUCUCCUUGGGGUCACAGUGCCGACCUGGCCCGCUUCUACACUGUCACCGAGCCCCAGCGACACCCCCGGGGCUACACAGUCUAUAAGGUUACCGCCCGGGUUGUUUCACGAAGAAAUCCAGAAGACGUCCAGGAGAUAAUUGUAUGGAAGAGAUACAGUGACUUUAAGAAACUGCACAAAGAAUUAUGGCAAAUUCACAGAAACUUAUUCCGACACUCAGAGCUGUUUCCUCCAUUUGCUAAAGGGAUAGUGUUUGGGCGAUUUGACAAGACUGUUAUUGAGGAGAGACGCCAGUGUGCCGAAGACUUGCUCCAGUUCUCUGCCAACAUUCCCGCCUUGUACAACAGUAAGCAGCUCGAGGACUUCUUCAAGGGUGGGGUGAUUAAUGACGGCUCUGCACUAAUUGGUCCUGUUGACGAGCACCCAGACUCCCUGCCUGACACCUUUCCUGAGUGUGGUGCGGAAGGCUUCUCCAGUGACAGUGACCUCCUGUCCCUUACUGUUGAUGUGGACUCUCUUGCAGAGGUAGAUGAUGGAAUGGCUUCCCGUCAGGGCUCUCCCAGUAAAGCUUUUGGUCUGAGUCUGUCUGCGGAUUCUUCGGCAACAGGAGCUGUUGCUUCUGACAGUGAACCUAGCAAAGCAGAAGACCGGGAAAGCCGCAGCCUCUUCCCCAGCAGCUUAAAGCCGAGGCUCGGCCGGAGAGAUUAUCUGGAGAAGGCAGGGGAGCUUAUCAAGCUGGCCGUGAAGAAGGAGGAGGAAGACGACUAUGAAGCUGCUUCUGACUUUUACAGGAAGGGCGUUGACCUGCUCCUGGAAGGUGUUCAAGGAGAGUCGAGCCCCACGCGCCGGGAGGCUGUGAAGAGAAGGACAGCAGAGUACCUCAUGCGUGCAGAGAGCAUCUCCAGCCUCCGCGCCACACCUCAGCUGGAUGCUGGACUGCAGCCUCCAGGAUCACUAAGUUCAAGGCCCCCUUGGAACCUAAGGAGCCCUGCCGAGGAGCUGAAGGCCUUCAGAGUCCUUGGGGUGAUUGACAAGGGUCUGAGGAAGAGCAGCGAGUGCAGCAGGCACAGGAAGACCAUCAUCCCCCGCUGCGUGCCCAACAUGGUGUGUCUGCACAAGUACAUCAUCUCGGAGGAGUCCGUGUUCCUCCUGCUGCAGCAUGCCGAAGGUGGCAAGCUCUGGUCCUACAUCAGUAAAUUUCUAAACAGAAGUUCUCAGGAAAGCUUCGACACUAAGGAGACGAAACUGUGCUUGCCGCACCGCGUCUGCCUGCAGCAGCCAAGUGCCAGUCCCCAGGACAGCAGCAGCUUCGAGUCCAGAGGGAGCGACAUGGGGGGCAUGCUGAAGGUCCUGCCGCUGAAGGCGAGUCUCACCCCGAGUUCUCAAGAGGACAGCAAUCAGGAAGACGACGGCCAGGACAGCUCUCCCAAAUGGCCUGACUCAGGGUCCAGCUCCGAGGAGGAGUGCACAGCUGGCUACCUGACGCUGUGCAAUGAGUACGGGCAGGAAAAGAUCGACCUGGGGUCUUUGAAUGAGGAGUCUGUCAUGCAGCCCGAAGGGAAGAGUGCGGAUACCCGGGCUGCUUUGAGUUUCCCAGCACCCGUUGCUGUUGAUAGUGUGAGCCCUAGCACUCAGCUCAAGUUCUUCCCUGGUGAUGAGGGUCCAGGAGCAGCUUGUUCCCCUCAGACGUCCCAGUCCCUCACCAUGUCGAAAAACAGCCCUAUGGAGUUCUUUAGGAUUGACAGUAAGGACAGCACAAGUGAACUCCUGGGACUGGAUUUUGGCGAGAAGUUGCAUGGUCUGAAGCCAGAACCUUUGAAAGCGCUCUUUACCCUUGCAGAUGGAGACAGAGAAAGCAAGGGGGAGACUAAAGCUCAGGACUCCGUCAGCAGGGGCUCAGAGGACUCUGUCCCGGUCAUUUCAUUCAAAGAAGCUGCUUUUGAGGAUGUUUGUGGUGCUGAGGAAGGAAGGCCCGACCUUCUGGUAAACCUGCCUGGUGAACCGCAGCCAACCAGAGAGGCUUCAGCAAUGGACCCCACUAAGUUUUCACAGGCCGGUGCAGGCAGGCUGGAAAGUAAACUGAUGGAAGCCCCGGAUGUUUUAUGCCUCAGACUGAGUUCUGAACAGUGCCACAGCCUGGGGAAAGAAGGCCAAGAGGAACUGAGUGAUCCCACUAGGUCCCUGGCCUGUGGUGUGACCCCAAAGCACCAUGUUCAGGCAGAUCUUGGGGUGUUGUUCACAGCUGCUGCUGAUCGCAGUAGCUCAGGAGACCAGUUAUUGUUAACCAGUUCAUAUCCCGAGUGUGAAGGGCUGGGACAAGUGGAGGCAGUGGUCACUGCACAUGACACGGGAGAAAGCCUGGUCCACAUCUGUGGUCCACGCUCAGGUGCACACACAGACAGUACCACAGCGGAGGAAGUGUUACUGUUCACAGAGCAGGCUAAAGAGGAACCACGCUCUCUGUUUCAGAGAGACUCUGAGACCAAGGAGCAAAGUGUGCUAGCCCUGGGAGGAGAGAAGGAAAUCCACCAGAUUUUUGAGGACCUUGAUAAGAAAUUAGCAGUGAGCUCCAGGUUCUUCAUCCCAGAGGGCUGCGUUCAGAGAUGGGCAGCUGAAAUGGUGGUAGCCCUUGACGCCUUGCACAGGGAGGGGAUUGUGUGCCGUGAUCUGAACCCAAACAACAUCUUAUUGAAUGAUGGAGGACACAUUCAGCUAACGUAUUUUAGCAGGUGGAGUGAGGUUGAAGAUUCCUGUGACAGCGAUGCCAUAGCGAGAAUGUACUGUGCCCCAGAGGUUGGAGCAGUCACAGAAGAAACGGAAGCUUGUGAUUGGUGGAGCCUGGGCGCUGUCCUCUUCGAACUUCUCACUGGCAAGACGCUGGUGGAGUGCCAUCCCGCUGGAAUAAAUACCCACACCACUUUGAACAUGCCAGACUGCGUUUCUGAGGAGGCUCGCUCACUCAUUCAACAGCUCUUGCAGUUCAACCCUCUGGAGCGUCUGGGUGCUGGAGUGGCCGGUGUUGAAGACAUCAAAUCUCACCCAUUCUUCACUCCAGUGGACUGGGCAGAACUGACAAGAUGAAUGUCACCUGGAGUGCUCAUCACAGGACAGACCCCUCAUGAUAGGACUUCAGGAGUGGCCAGUCUUCCUUCAGCUGCUGUGCCAGAGCCUUGGGACAAGGCCUUAGAGGACGCGGUGGGGCAGUGGGCUGACAGACUCCCUUACCCCUGUUUGACACAAGACCAGUGAAUCUUGCCAGCAGCGGCUCUGCUCUCACCUUCCCCCAGAUGUGACGUAAUGUGACUUCAGGGUUUCAGGUGUGUGGCAGACACCUGUGCAAAACACCUCUGCUGGGAAACUGUAAGUGUAGAAGGGGUAUUUACGUGACUGGGGGGCCUUGUGGUGACAGCUGAUGGUGCUUCUGCUGAACAAGACUGGUUUACACGACUGAGUCAGGAUUUGCUGAGUAACACACUAAUCUGCUCUGUGAACAGUGUCACCAGGGUGCUGACAAAGUGAGGAGGAAUGCCCAGGGCUGACAGGGCCAGGGGAACUGAGGAAAAACACUCUUGCCAGCUUUGAACCUGUUGGUUGAUGCUGCUAACUCUGAGGGCUCCUGGGAACAUGCCUGACCUCCUGUCCUUCUCCCCCCGGCUCCAUGUCCUGCAUCCUCUGCUCACUCUCUUGGACUCUGUUUUCCCACUUCGGUUAACACAAAAGGGAAGGGGUGUUCAUCCCCCAAGCUGCCAGUGUAACAAGAAAUCAUGAUGUCCAAUAAAUGUGGUUAAAACU